AUGUCCCUCUAUAAUAUACCUGUAGCACCAGUAGGACACAGGACUUCGGAUACAUUUCAUUCGCUAAUUGCAGGGUCUGUUGCUGGUGGAAUUGAGAUAGCGAUUACGUAUCCUAUAGAAUUUGCGAAAACGCGGCUGCAGCUAAAUCAAGAUACAGGCCGGAAUAAGCAGAAUGUACCAUGGCCAAAGUUCGGACUACAGUGGUAUUCAGGAUGCAUGCCAUUUCUCAUAGGCAACUCGGUGAAAACAAGCAUCAGAUUCGUAUGCUUCGAAUUCUAUCAGAAACUACUUACCGACUCCAAUGGGAACAUAUCCAGAUCCAGAAUUCUUGUGGCAGGCUUCGGUGCUGGAGCGACUGAGUCGCUUCUGGCUGUAACACCGACUGAGCUAAUCAAGACAGUGAUUAUUGAGGACCGCAGAUUAGAGAAGCCUAGAAUCCAGAAUUCGAUUCAUGCAAUAUCCAUCAUUGCACGGGAGCAUGGUCUGAGGGGCUUCUUCCAAGGAUUUUGGCCAACCACCGCUCGACAGUCUGCAGGCAGCGCUAUCCGGCUAGGAUCCUACACAUUCUUGAAGCAAGUUGUGCAAUCACGCACCCCUCAGAACAAGAGAAUCGGCACCGUCGACACCUUUAUCAUCGGAAGUCUUGCUGGAUUGAUCACCGUCUAUCUGACACAGCCGCUCGACACUAUCAAGACCCGCAUGCAAGGGCUUCAAGCAAGAACAAGAUAUAGGAAUUCAUUCACUUGCGCGAAAAACAUCCUGGAGCAAGAAGGUGUUCUCGCCCUCUGGAGGGGUGCGGUAGCUCGCUCCACAAGACUCGUCAUGAGCGGUGGGAUUGUGUUUAUGGUAUAUGAGAAAGUGAUGGAGGGUUUGGAUGUAAUUAGCCCCGUUAGAGAGUUAUAG